UCCCCGUCAGAUAUAGUUGAGCCAAGACUCUGAGUGCAAACAACUCUUACCUGUACCGCUACUUUAGCAAACUUAGCAAUGCUACCCAUCGUUAUAGGACUCUUGUAUGCCGAUCAUUACCAGAAGCGGCACAAAACCUUUCCUCCCCUGUGGAAGAAGAAGAAGAGGUCGAAGUCCGAGCAGCAGGAGGAACUGUUUCGUAGGCGCACCCACAGCCUCGGUUAGAUUCGACGUCGGAUCUAUGAAAAGUUGCGGGACCAAUGGCUUUAGGUACACGGUCGAAGGAUUUAGGCAAGGACGAGCUGAGGAAGGGAAGGAUCCAGAGGCUGCGAGGCGCUUUUACUUUUUCCUUUGGGGAUUUUGUCUCGUCGCUUAUCUGGCCUCGACGCGUUCUGCGGUUGGAGUUCCUACCUGUGGCCUUGUGUUGAUAAACGGCGAGACCACUUCAGAGAUAGGACUCUCGGUGAACUAAGGAACACGACGUCCAAUGGUCCAGCAGCUUUAGUUUCCAGUGCUACCAAGCCCAGUUCGAGGCUUCAAAGCUUCGGUUUUCAUGUUCGCUUUUCUGCCCCACCGUCGAUGUGUCUGAGCUACGAGAUGACUGCAUUUUAUACUGCGUAGGUUGUAAGAAUUCUCUAUUUUUGCAAAUAAAUCUUGGAGAGUGAU